UAUGCAUCAAUAGAUUUCACUGAUUUCGGGAUUAUUUGAAUACCUACUACGCCCAAAUAGGAAUUGUGUACCGUAUUGCCAUGCACAAAGGCAAUGAUCCGCUGACAAACGUUUAGCUAUCGCUGGUUGCCAACACGCGCUCUGUGGGUCGACAGAUGUGUCCGUUACCGGAUAACGGAUAACACCAGCCACUGAUGAUGGGCCAUGGACAUGAUUCUUCUGAACUACACUUAUCUUGGUACUAGGGCCGCACGCGUUGGAGACAGCCAAUGAGGAGCCAGCUGGGACACCUGCAGGAAGUGGGCCGCGCGCUUAUCACUUUUCCCCCUAGCCGCAGACACAUAACGGUCCAGUGUGGGAGGUAACGCUGCAGUGCACGGCCUUCAGUUCAAAGCUGCUCACAAACAAACUUUCCUCGGGUAAGACCAAUCUGAAUCCUUGGCCGAAAGAGCAGGAGACCCAAGAGCUGCGUUUUCUAAGAAGGAAAUUGACGGCUUUACGCACUGGACUGCCUCCCGCUCCACGCGGGCCGGGCUCCUUGUUGUGCAGCACAAGACCCCAGAACCCUAAAGGACAUGUCAGUACCAGUGUACGCAGCUACGCAGCCGCCAGCUCAGCGGACACCUUUCUCCAUUGAGGACAUCCUAAGCAGGAGCGGGCCCGGAGCCUCUGUGCCCUGUGGGUCCCCGCCGUCCUGUCCAGCGCCGCUUACGCACGUCCCCACUGUUCCUUCUAUACAUUCAUCUUUCACGAGUCUGGUAUCUCAGUAUCGUACUCAUAUCUACGAACCCACGCCUUUGCACCCACUCUUCACAUCACCCUACACGCCAGGACCGUACCCCGGGCCUAUGUACCCACUACAGCCGCAGGCACGCGCCGUAGGCGAGUACGCGAAGGUACUACUCCGUCACGAACCUCUGGGUAAACCUCUGCUGUGGGGUCCGUUCCUCCCGCGGCCUUUGCACAAAAGGAAAGGGGGGCAGGUGCGCUUCUCCAACGAGCAGACGCUGGAGCUGGAAAAGAAGUUUGACUCACAGAAAUACCUCUCUCCUCCAGAGCGGAAGAGACUUGCUAAGAGUCUGCAGCUGACAGAGCGACAGGUUAAAACCUGGUUCCAAAAUCGCAGAGCCAAAUGGCGCAGACUGAAACAGGUGAGAUAUCCAUGUCUCAGAGUUUUCCACACUAGAGCUUCUUCCAAACCUACCUGUUUCUUCCAGGAGACCCCUCAGGGAGCCAAGUGUGAGCCCAGCCCAAUGAAGAGUCCCUCAGAAGGGCAGCCGUGUAGCCCUCGAUCACCUCACCCGUUACAGCACCAGCUGGAUUCAGAGCUGUCAGACACAGACCAAGAGCUGGACAUUGAGGACACCAGCCAGUCCAUGAGGACCCCACACUCUCCCCUCUGAGGACAUUUUCCUGUUGCCUGCGCCCCAUCUGAGGUUCUGAUGGUUCCCUAUGAGGUCCACACUAUCCCCUGUGAGAACAUAUAGAGCCCUUUUCACAGAUUUGAACACUCUAAUAACAAAUGCACACACUACAGGACAGAUGCUGAGCUCGUGCUUUUAGAAAGCUCUGAAAGCCACUGAAAAUUUAAACAAUGGCCCAAUAAGUAAAGGCUGUUCCAGGACAAUAAUUGUAAUAAAAAUAUGGACUCAAUAACUUCUUUUACUUUAUUUUGUGGAUACUGCUGUGUCAUACAGUAUUUGAGUAUCUGACAUGGUCAUGCACCCACAGACCUCAGCUGACCUCUGCACAGUGACUACAAAAGUCAGCUUGAUGAAAGAGCUCUUGCAUUUUUAUAACACUUAAAAAUAUCUGACUUUGUUUGUGUUUGUUUACAUUAUAUGUAAUAAAUGUGUUUUGUGAUAUA